GUUCUCGGUCAUGUGACGUCAGGAAGUAGAAUGAAGCGUUGAUAGAAAACAAACAGCAGCAGCAGAACCACAACUAAACUAUUAAACACUCACGUUUGUGUCUCACCCUUUAAGGGACAACACGACGCCUCGCUGCGGCCCUCUCGGCCCUCUCGGUGCUCUCGGUGCUCUCGGUGCUCGUUCCCCCGGACAGAGACAUGACGGCGGCGGUGUUCUUCGGCUGCACCUUCAUCGCCUUCGGGCCGGCCGUCGCCUUGUUCCUGUUCACCAUCGCACGGGAGCCGCUGAGGGUCAUCUUCCUCAUCGCGGGAGCGUUCUUCUGGCUGGUGUCUCUGCUGCUGGCCUCUCUGGUUUGGUUCAUCUCCGUUCAGAUCAGCAAUAAGGACAGCGCCGCCCAGCAGAAAGGUCUCCUCAUCUUCGGCGUGGUUCUGUCCGUCCUGCUGCAGGAAACAUUCCGCUUCGCCUACUACAAGCUGCUGAAGAAAGCGAAUGAAGGCCUCCUCACCCUCAGUCAGGAGGAGACCAUGCCCAUCUCCAUACGGCAGCUGGCCUACGUGUCGGGGCUCGGCUUCGGCUUCAUGAGCGGAGCGUUCUCGGUGGUGAACAUCCUGGCGGACUCUGUGGGGCCGGGGACCGUCGGGAUCCACGGAGACUCUCAGCACUACUUCCUGUCCUCAGCCUUCAUGACGCUGGCCAUCAUCCUGCUUCACAUGUUCUGGGGCGUCGUCUUCUUUGACGGCUGUGAGAAGCGGCGCUGGUGGGCCGUGGCUGCUGUCGUCAUCAGCCACCUCAUCGUGUCCUGUCUGACCUUCCAGAACCCCGAGUACGUGGGCAGCCUGGUUCCCACCUACAUCAUCCUGUUCGUGAUGGGCGUCUGGGCCUUUUACUCCGCCGGCGGCUCCCUGAGGAACCUCAAACUCUGCCUCACCUGCAAAGACAAGGACUUCCUGCUCGCCAACCACCGGCCCAGAUAACGCAGCAGCAUAAUGCAGGACUCUCUAUCCAAAGAUCGCCGAGUUCACACACACACACACACACACACACACACACACACACACACACACACACACACACACACACACACACACACACACACAGCAAAGGAGCAGUGUUAACCUUCUGCUCAUCUGCUGUUUAAACUUAAACAUAUCUCAACAUCAAUUUAAAUCUAAAAACACAAAAGUAAAAGCAGUGGAAGUUCCUCCAAGGAAAGCCACAAAAAGAUGAUUUUUGUUUUUGUAUUGUGAGGUUUAAUUAAAAAACACAAUAUUCACGUCUGACUGAUAAUGUUUGUCGCCUGAUGCUCUAAAAAAAAAAACCAACAUAAAGGUGUUUUAAAUUUGGCGGCACUCUUCUGACAUUCUGUAAAUAUUCUUCAACUCCUUCUGUCAGCUUUCUUUCUUUUCUAGUGUCAAAACCUUCAAUUAUGAACAAAAAUCUUUGUGUACAUAUUCAUGAUUUUUAAACUCCUGAUGUGUAGAUAGAUUAAAACGUGUCUUUAGUCUGUUUAAGAACUUGCCUUUUGAUUUGAAAUGAGUUUCAGAAGCUGAGACGAGAAACAAACUGUUGUUUAUUUGUUUUAUCACAGUUAUCUUUAACUCUUUCAGAUAUAGAAAUAGUCAUUAUGACUUUCUCUAGUUGUUUUUUGAUUCCAUGCUUGAAAAGGAUUUGCUGAUUGUGAAAUUCUGAGCCAAUUCAACGUUAAAGAUGACAAUUUCACGA